GGCAGCCUUGAAGUGGGAGUCUUAAGGGUCCGCCGCAAGCUCGGCAAGGCAGGUGCUGCCUGACAAGCUGGUCCCGCCGCGAGCGAGUCCGUUUGGAUCUUCACCCGGAGGCUUAACGCGAAUAGCACAAACUAGGCGGACGCGCUCGGGAGGGAGGGAGCGACGGGAAUAUCUUUCCUUGUCAAAUGUAGAAGACGGAGAAUAAUAUGAAGAAAGAAUUAAAGAAAAGUUGUGAAUAUUAAGAUUAACAAAUGCACAUGCUCAUAUAAGCUGCAAUGGAAGAAAUUCCUGUAAAAGUGGCAGUACGAAUAAGACCUUUACUCUCAAAAGAAAUACUUCACAAUCAUCAAGUAUGUGUGAGAUUAAUCUCAAAUACUCAGCAAAUUAUCAUCGGAAAAGACCGUGUCUUCACUUUUGACUUUGUUUUUGGCAAGCAUUCAACCCAAGAUGAAGUCUAUACAACAUGUAUUAAGCCAUUGGUAGCAUCUUUGAUAGAAGGUUAUAAUGCUACAGUUUUUGCCUAUGGACAGACAGGCUCUGGAAAGACUUAUACUAUUGGAGGAGGUCACAUUGCAUCAGUUGCAGAAGAAGAGAGGGGUAUUAUUCCACGGGCAAUUCAAGAAAUAUUUCAGAUUAUUUCUGAAAACCAUAAUACUGAUUUUGCAGUUAAAGUUUCGUACAUAGAAGUCUAUAAAGAAGAACUCCGAGAUCUCUUGGAACUAGAGACAUCUAUGAAAGAUUUGCAUAUUAGAGAAGAUGAAAAGGGCAAUACAGUAAUCGUUGGUGCCAAAGAUUGCCAAGUAGAAAGUACAGAAGAAGUGAUGAGCCUAUUGGAAACAGGGAAUGCUGCUAGACAUACAGGGACAACCCAAAUGAAUGAGCAUUCCAGCCGAUCCCAUGCUGUUUUUACCAUCAGUGUCUGUCAACAACAGCAGCCUUUGCAGAAGGACAAAGAGGGUGCACAAAAUUCACCCAAAAAUUCAGGACAGCAGAUCGCUUCUAAAUUCCACUUUGUAGAUCUUGCCGGAUCAGAAAGAGUUACAAAAACUGGCAAUACUGGUGAAAGAUUCAAAGAAUCUAUUCAGAUCAACAGUGGUUUAUUAGCUUUGGGAAAUGUGAUAAGUGCACUUGGAGACCCAAAAAGAAAAAAUAUACACAUUCCAUAUAGGGAUGCUAAAAUCACACGUAUCCUUAAAGACUCUUUAGGAGGCAAUGCAAAGACUGUCAUGAUAACAUGUAUUAGUCCAUCUUCUUCUGAUUUUGAUGAAUCAUUAAAUUCCAUCAAGUAUGCUAACAGAGCAAAAAAUAUUAGGAACAAACCUAUUGUCAACUAUAACCCAGACUGGGAUCGUAUAGAUGAAAUGGAGCUUGCCAUUAAGUUGCUUCGGGAAGCCUUGCAAAACCAACAAACUAAUGGACAGUCUUCUGGUAGCCAAGGAUCACAGGAUUUAUGCCAAGACAAAAACAGAAUUCGUUGUCUUGAACAGCAGCUUGCUCAGUUUCAAAUUGAAAGUUUUAAUUUGAGAAAUUGCAUUGAAGAAGCUUAUUUAUUUCUUGUUGAUUUAAAAAACAUUGCCAACCUAUCAAAAAAUCAACUUGAAAAACUGCAAGAAUGGAUCCAUGUAGCUCAGGAACUUAGGAGAGAGGCAUCUAUUCCCCAGGUAAACACUGGAACAGUAGCCGACCAAGAAGGACCAUAUCAUAUUACGAUUCUUCAGCUUAAAAGAGAGCUGAAGAAAUAUCAGCAGUCUCUUGCAACAGAUGCUGAAGUCUUCAGUGAAAAAGAACUGGAAAUAAAAAUAUUGCAAGAUCAGAUACAAAAGCUGAUACAAGAAAAUCAUGAAUAUCUGGAAUCACUAAAGGAGGCACAUGAUACAAAUAGGUUACAGAAUGAAAAAAUGGUAGAGCAGCGACUUAUAAUUAACCAGCUAAAUGACAAAUUGGAGAAAAUGGCAAAAGCAUCUGCCUCUGAUGGUGCUUCUGGAGAUGGACCAGCUGCGGUAAUAUCAGCUAAAAGGCCCUAUAGUGUUCCAUUAACUAAAAGUUUGAUGCAGAUGAAUAACAUACCAUUAAGAUUGGAUUCUCGAAAGGUACACACAAGCCCUCCGAUGUAUUCCUUAAGUAAAGUUAUAGCUGGAUUUCAGACCCGUAAUCAGAUCAUGAUGGAUCACAUAGAAGAGCAAGAUGAAGUCCUUCAUUAUUGCUUUUCUGAUCACAGUGAUGAUGAUGAUGAUGAAAACAAUGCCAAGAGUGGAAGAAGAUUCAGAUUUAGGUGUGGAUAUUGAACUUAUCAAGGAAAGUCAAAUAAGAAAUGUGCAAAAGUUAAAGAAUUCAGAGCUAAAACUUAUUGCUGCUAAGCAAAAAAUGAAUGAACUUACUCUUAAUAUCCGAAUGAAAGAAGAACUCAUUAAAGAAUUGGUGAAAACGGGUAAUGAUGCUCGAUCUGUAAGUCAGCAAUAUUCUCUGAAAAUAACACAACUGGAACAUGAAGCAGAGCAGGCUAAAAUUGAUUUAGCAGAAACACAAAAGCAACUUCAAGAACUGGGGAACAAGGAACUAAGGGACAUUGCUGAAAAAGCCAGAUUACAGAAAGAAUUCAGAAAAAAAAUGGAUGCAGCAAAACUGAAAGUUCAGGUCAUACAGAAAAAACAACAGGAAACUAAGAAUCUAGCAUCAUUAUCUACCCAGAAUAAGAAACGUAUAUCAGAACUAGAACAGAAUAUUAAUCACAUGAAAAAUCAACAAGCCCAAUUACAGAAAAAAUUGCGGGAAGAGAAUGAAAAAAAGAAAAUAUUGGAAACAGGAAUUCAGCAUGGUCAAUUGAAAAUCAAGGAACUUCAACAAAAAACAGAACAGCAGGAGAAGAUUCUAAAGCUAAAGGAUGAAGAGAUUGCUGCAUUUAAGAAAAGAAACUCAACUGGGGCUCCCCAACAACUGCAGAAAUUAGAAGAGAAAAAGAAGUGCUUAGAUGAAGAAAUAGAAAAGAUUUUGCACCAGCAUCAAGAGUUAGCUGCUCUGGAGGAAGAUUUAAAAAGAAGAGAAGCAAUUAUUUUAAAGAAGGAAACACUAAUGCAGGAGAAAAGCCAUUUGGAAAUUAAAAAACUGAGAUCCAGCCAGGCUCUCAAUGAAGAUAGUUUGAAAUUAUCUACCCGUCUAAGUAUGUUAGAUCAAGAACUUUGUGACAAAAAUAAGCAGCUUCAAAGAACUGCCACAGAUGAACAAGGGAAGAUUUUUGAAGAGGUUCAGGCUUUGCAAAAAGAAAGGGAUCAGCUGUUGAAAAGAAGAAACAGCGUGGAUGAGAAAUUAAAGAAUGGCAGAGUGUUAUCAGCAGAAGAAGAACAUGUUUUAUUCCAGCUUGAGGAAGGUAUUGAAACUUUGGAAGCGGCCAUUGCUUAUAAGAAUGAAAGCAUACAAAACCAUCAAAACUCAAUCAGAGUGUCAUCACAGAUCUUUACCCAAAAUGAAGCCAGUGUGAUGGGAAAGUUGGUAUCAUUGUCUGCUACUGAACUGCGCGCAAUUCUUUUAAAGUACUUUAACAAGGUUGUUCGACUCCGUGAGAGUGAACGUAAAUUGCAAUUGCAGUCUGAAGAAUUGAAAAUGAGGGCAAUGGAACAAGAAAAUAUAAUAAGAGAACUUGAAUUGGCACUUGAACAUCUCAUGCUACAAUGUGACAGGCGCCUCACCCUUCAACAAAAAGAACAUGAACAAAAGAUUCAAUUGAUACUACUUCACUGUAAAGACCAAGAAGGGGAAAAUAUUGCAGAAACUAUUAAAGCCUAUGAAGCUAAAGUUCAGCAGUUGGAACGAGAUUUGUUUUUUUAUAAGAAAACCAGCCGAGAUUUAAAGAAGAAAUUAAAGGAUGUUGUUGGGGAAGCAACAUAUCACCCUAAACAAAGUAAAUGUUAUGCUUCUAAUGAUGGGAUGCUAAAUCAAGAAGAAACAAGUAUUUCUUUAGAAGAACAUGGACAGAGACCCCAAACUGUAGGGAAAUUGAAAGAAAUAAACUGCACCCUAGGCAAUAUAGGAACACAGCAGACUUCACUGGAAACACUUGAAGAGGAAGUUACAGACGCUGUACUCUCUACCCCUAAUAAUCAUGAGGAGCCAACAGGGAAAGUACAUUUCAUGAAAUCUCAUUCACAAGCAUUUACUCAUUCACAGACAAGCAAUCCACUGACCCAACUUCAAGGAAUAACUCCAGUAAAAUUUUCCCGUAAAGAAUUACGCCAUAUCCCAGUUUCUGAGCUUUUAUCAAGACGAGCUACUAUAAAUUCUAUUUCUGCAGAUUCCAUUGAAAUGCCUAGAAAAUCUCAUGACCAUACUAUGUAACAAUUCAGAAAGCAAUUUUGCAGUUUCUUAUUUUUCCACAUUAUUACAGGAAGUUACAAUGUUUGUAUGAAUUAUUGUUAGCGGUUAUUCUUCACCUUGGUCUUUUAUUUUGCUUUAAAGAAAUCUUUCCUUUUUGGCACUGGCAUAGUAGUACAUAAAGGGGAACAAUUUUGUCUUUAAAGAUUUCUUUUACUUAUUUUUAUUAACAUAGAUUUUUAUUCUUUCAGUUCUGUGCAGCAUUAUACUAAUCUGCAUAAUACAGAGAACUGGUUCACACAAUACUUGUAGCAUAAUAUUGAGAA